AUGCUACAAAGCGACUUCACAAAUUCAGUAAUAGAUCCCAGUUUUCAAGAGACGCAAAACGGAUUUACGAGAAAACAUACUACUCGCAGGCCCUCCCAUCAUUUCCUGCCAGUGCAGAGAAAAUCCGGAGAAAGUCCAUCUGGAAGCCUUGCCCAAGUGUUAAAAUCAGAUGAUCAGAAACGAACCGCCUUGCUGAACCGAAAUACACUCAUUUGCAAACAAAUUUGGUUUUGCCGGAGACUCACCUGGAACCCAGCUAAAUCUCUCGUUUAUGAUGUUUCCAGGCGACUGAAUGUGCUGUACCAAGCCGCCUCAUGUUUCAGUUGCUAUGAUAAUUGA